AUGAAUAACCAAUCAAGAUUGCAUCCACAUUACACCUUGCCGGGUGUAAUGCAUUAUUUGCAGACCGAGUUUACCAAAAAUGAACGUGAUAGAAUCACUUGGGAGCUGGAAAGGGCCGAAAUGAAAGCCAGGAUUGCUCAAUUGGAGGGGGAAAACAAGGAUCUUCGCUAUAAAUUGAUGAAACUUAAUAUGCAAACGUCAGGAACCGCAAAAGAGGCAGAUACAAAGGAUGUGAGUGGGAAUGACCUUUCUGAAUUACUCAAAUCCAAAAUGGCAGUGCAGGAGAGCGUCAAAGAGAUCAUCUACCUAUUUAAGAGCCCUGAAAUUCCUUCGAGAAUUGGCUCCCUGAACGAGGAAAGAGAUUCAUUGCAUGAAAUACAAAAGCUCAAUUUAAACCAGGACCUGCAUAGCAUGAAAAAAGAAGAGGCAUCGAUGAGCCACCUAUUACAGGCCAAUUUGCAUCCGGCAGGGAUUCAGCCACAAGCCGUUUAUGCUGGAGAUUUGAAUUCUCGAGACGCAAACUCCGAUGCGGCGACGGUAGUGCUUGGAUCUGACACAGAGGGAAGCGAAUCGCAUGACACAAGGCGCCGUCGAUCUUCCUCACUCUUUUCCUCCACGAACGUCGCGCCAAUGGACGCCACAAAGGACGAAAUUGGUCACUUCAAGGAGCCUGCAAAGAUAUCAAGUUUAUUCCAGAGCAACGGCAACGGUAAGAGCGAAUCGGCGGCGAUUCGUCAGUUGAAGGCCCUUGAUAAUCAGAUAAUCUCCUAUUCCGAAAACGGCCGCAUUGAGCUCUGGAAGAUCGAUUCGCAACUUCAGAUAGGCGAGAGGCCCGACAAGACGUUUGACGUCGUUUCGUCCAGCUUUUUAGACUUCUAUUGGCUCGAUGCUAGGCGGUUCUUGGUGUUUGACCAUGAAGGUGUCAAGCUGUACGCCACGAGAAGCACAUCACCGUUGGAUAGCAAAGAAGUCUUCAAGGAGUUAGAUUUUAACAUCGCAAAUGCGGCCGAGCAUGAUUUUAUCAACAACCGGUUUCUCUUUGUCUCCACCAGGACCAUUCAGCUGCUGGAAGUAUCAGCAUCCGCCACUUCGCCCGCCGAUGGGCUUUCCAUGGGAAGAAGUUAUACCAUAGAUGGUGAAAGAGAAGUAAUAUCUGCUAGGUUUGGGAUGACUGAAAAAUCGCUCAUAGUUCUCUACAGCGACCCAUACGAACUAGUAAUCUACAAUUACCAGGGCAAGGUUCUACAGAGAGUUGAGAUCAGCAAACAACUGCUUACAACUGACAAGAUUCGGCCAUCAUUGAUCCUCAAUAAGAAAAGUUCCAAGCUUCUAAUAGCGCUUGGUAACCGCAUACUUGUCUAUUCCUUCGACAAAAGGAAGGUCAUCCUCAAUGAGACGUUAAAAACGCAGCCAACUAACAUAGUAUUCAAAACAGUAAGAAACAGCAUGCUGUUUGGAUAUGAGGAUGGGACCGUCGAAGUUAGAAGGCUGAAUGAUUUCACUUCCAUCUUAAGAGUCCCAGUCGAAGAGCAUGAGGAGGCGACGAACGGCAAGAAGGUCACUCAUCUUGAUUGUACCUCCGUCAACUCCGCGACUUUGAUAGUAUUUGGUUUUGACGACGGAACAAUCAAAGUACAAAGGAACCCUGAUCUGCUGGACAGCUGA